AUGCGUAUUAAAAGGUUCCUCUUAAGAUAUUACCCUCCAGGUAUAAUUCUUGAAUAUCAGCAGGGUGGCUGCAUUCGCAUGAGAACAAUUGACUUGCUUCGGUUGGAUUUUCUAACUGAUUCGGAGGCUCUUGCAAAGCAGAUAGUAAAAUUUGAGCCUCUUCUGAUGCAGAAACGCGCCGAUCAAGUUGAGAAGCUAAUAGAAAGGCUAAAGGUUAUGGCUUCAAGACCUGACAAGAAGCAAUUUGCAGAAGUUAAAGCACACAUUCUACCACUGACGAAUGUCUCAUUCAAUAAAACUGGGAGUCACUGCAUUACUGGCUCAUAUGACAGAACCUGCAAAAUUUGGGACACUGUAACAGGAGCCGAGACAUUAACGUUAGAAGGGCACAGGAAUGUCGUUUACACCAUCGCCUUUAAUUUACCUAUUUCAGAUCGAAUAGCAACAGGUUCCUUUGAUAAAACUGCUAAGGUUUGGAAUUCAGAAACUGGGGAUUGUCUUCACACUCUACUUGGGCACUCUGCAGAAGUGGUUUGUCUUCAGUUUGAUUCAACAAGCAGAGUUUUAGCUACAGGUAGGCUAAUAUUUACUUUUCUGGAUGACUGUGAAUCUAAAUCUUUACGAAAUUGCCAUCUAGAAAUCAUUAUCCUUGUGUAUGCACCCAAAAGAUCCAACAAUAAUAGCGCGUUUUGUGAAAAUUUUUAUUUCAAAGGUAGUAUGGAUACAGCAGCAAAAAUAUGGGACCUAAAUUCAGGGACUGAAACAACGACAAUGAGUGGCCACACCGCUGAAGUAAUUGCUCUCCACUUUGUUGGACAAGAUGACCACGUGCUGCUUACUGGUAGCUUCGACCACUCCGCAGCAUUAUGGGACGUGCGUACUGGCAAACGUAUUAAUCAUUUAGUCGGUCACACUGCUGAGGUAGCUGCUGCAACGUGUUCAUUUGAUGGACGUCUUGUUGCCACGGCUUCAAUGGACAAGACCGUGAGGGUUUGGGACAUUCGCAAAAAUCGCGAACUUGCUGUCCUUCAUGGGCAUGAGGAUGAAGUAUUAGAUGUUUCUUUCGACCUCUCUGGCCGGCAGCUUGCAAGUGCUAGUGCUGACGGAACGGCAAUUCUCUGGAGCACCGAUCAAGGUGGAAAAGGCCCUAACGAAAACAUAAAGCAGACUCACAAGUUGAAGGGCCAUGAUGGAGAAGUCAGUAAGGUCUGUUUUAGUCCUCGUGGAUUGACGUUGAUGACAGCAAGUGCAGACAAGACUGUUCGUCUCUGGGACACGCAAACUGGAAGCAUGCGUGACGUUCUCAUUGGCCACUCUGAUGAGGUGUUUAGUUGUGCGUUUAACUACGAGGGAGAUUCAAUUGUAACUGGUUCCAAAGAUAAUACUUGUAGAAUUUGGCAGUAA